AUGUCUAUUGACGCAGGUCGCACCCUGACUGACUUCUCGCCCUUAAGUCAGGAAUGUCGGCAGCAAGCCGUCGUCCUCGCGCUAGCCGUGUGGGUCGUAUAUCAGAGGUCGACCGAGACGGCUCACACGAUGAUCUGGUUGAUGAACCUCCCGCGGAGUCAGCCGGCCGACCUGUGCGUGUCACAGCCCAAGCUGCUCACACAAAGCAAGAAGAAACAAUCCGAUGUUGAAGUAACCUCGUCGACGUCUAAGGCAGCCAAGGCAAAGCGGAAGAGAGAAGAUUCGGCAGUGGCGAAGGUUAACAGUACCAAUAGUGGUGGUAGGAACGCUGGGGCCCGGGAUGCAAUGCCGCCGAAGUCGCUGAACAUCGAUAGCCAUGCAGAAACAGAGCGCUCUUCAAAGAAGUUGAAGGUUGCCGGCGCCUUGAGACCACCGGAGUCCGAACCGACUCGGAAGAAAGCCCACCGGGCAGCUCGGAUCGACGUCGACCACUCGGAUAGUGAACCCGCCGACGAGUCACCACUAGCCUCACAGACCAAGUCUCAAACUUCCAAGGCGAUCACACCUGCAAGGGUGGUCCGUUCCACGUCAGCUUCUCGGCUUGCUGAGGAGACCUUUGACGACGAUGGCGAAGAAGAAUUCGAUGAUGUGGACGGCGAGCUGCAGGGGGGCGAUGAUGAGGAAGCGGAGCAUCGCGAGGUCUGUGAUGACUUCGACGCAGAGCGCGUCACUUUCACUGCUGCAGGUAACCAAGGUGCCACUGGCAAUAACUUCAGUGCGACGAGUGCAAGUCCGCCUCGCUUCCAUUCAAGAGGUUCUCGUUCCUCAAGUGUUGGUUCAUAUCCCACCGAACCGCCGACAACUGACGACGCUGAUGUUGUCGUGGAUGAGCCUGAAGAAGUUGAGAGCGAGGACGACGAUGACGAUCCUCCAUCUCGUAACAGCAAGACCAGUCGCUAUGCUGUUUCGCGCCGCACCGUGAAAUACAUCGAGGAUAGUGAUGAUGACUUGGACAUGGUCAAUGAGAGUGGGCCGGCUGUAUCCAGGAACGUGUCGAAGCAGCUGACUAAGAAGCAGCAAGAGAAACUGAAAUCGGAGAUGCCUAUCAUCCGUCCCUCUGCUUCGAAGGUCAAGGUUGCAAAACGCCCUCGUCAUGUCCGCCGUGAGGACGACAAUGGUCGUUGGAGGUCGCGGACGCAUAUUAUCGUCAACUACAAAUCACGUAGUGUGACCAUGGAUAUCAAGCCGCAAAGUGCACUGAUGGGGCAAGUGAUCCAUAACAGCUACGUCAUUGGUGACCGUAUGAUGGCUUUUGGAUUCGAAAACCCGGUUGACUAUGCUAGUCUCGACGACAUCCAGGAAAUGACGAAUCCGAUGGACAAGGCUGGGCUUGAAGACAUCGCUCUUGAGGCGUUAAUCUGCUCUUCUGAUAAGCUUGGGUAUACUGGCCAGGGCGACGUCUCGGAACGAUUGGAGAAAGGAUCCUAUGAUGACUAUGUCCGACCCAUAACUGCCUACGUUUCUCAUCGGCUAGGGCUCUUUCGAACUGCGAUCAAACGUGCUGUAACGCCGUCUGUCGAGCAUGCAUAUCAAUCCAUGAUUCAACCUGUGAACAAUCACAAUGCGCCCGGUGGUGACAUUCUUCUACAGAACAUGAACUACAUUUAUCCUUGGACGCUCUCGGACGGGUUUGAUUACCGUUCUCCGUACGAGAACUCACUUAUCAAGCCUGCAGUACGCGCUGCAUUCUUCACGAACGUGCAGUAUCUCAGUACUGGGCUGAAAAACGGUGGAACAUUUGCGUCAUCACUGUCAAGUGCCCCCUCCGAGUAUGAGAUUCCACCGACUAUGAUGGCCUUGGCUAUGACAGCGGUCGAGUCAGUGAUAUCAGAUAACAAACUCGGCCUAAGCAAGGCCUCCGACUUCAGCGCCACCAGUAUACCCGCAUACGAGGCCCAUAUGACGCGGCUCACUGCGUUCCGCCACGAACGCCCAAAGCGAUACCACAGAGUCAUGCAUGAUGUCUUCACAGCCGUGACGGUGGGACAUGCGAUGCAUCCUGGCAUACAGAAUGGCAAUGCCGCGAUCAACUGGAGUGACAUACCCGAUGAAUAG